AUGGUGCUAAGCGAAGGACAGCUGGCACUGUGCACCGUGUUCACCCUAUGGUUGGGCGGUCUUCCUUUAAUGUACUCACCAGCUCCCCGCGGGGACUGUGAUAAUUGCUGUCCCAUAAGAGAACCAAAGGAUAUACAGUUUUUCCUUUUCACAAGACAAAAUCCGGACACCGGUGACACAUUGUUCGUGUCGGACAAGAAGCAUCUCCGGGCGUCCCACCUAAACCGUACCAAUCCGCUGGUCAUCUAUUUGCACGGAUUUUCCGAACGUGCACCGGGCGGUACCGGCGAAAGCAGCAGACAGAUGAAAGAUGCGCUUCUCGAGGCGGACGACUACAAUGUGGUGCUGGUGGACUGGAGUCCGCUAACCGCGCUACCGUGGUACGUGAACUCGGUCCAAAAUGGUCCCCGUGUUGGACGGUACAUUGCACGCUUCGUAAGGUUUCUGGUGCUGUCCGAGUUUCCGCUCGAGAAGAUCCAUCUGAUCGGGUUCAGUCUCGGUGCGGAGGUGGCCGGAUUUGCUGGCAAAACGCUCAACGAAUGGGGUCUAAAGCUGCCUCGCAUUACCGGUCUGGAUCCAGCGUUCCCACUGUACGUAUUCGAGAAAGCCUCCCAGCGUCUUAGCCCCAAGGAUGCCGAGUUUGUGGACGUCAUACAUACGGACGGUGGCCUGCUGGGCUAUCCGUGGCCACUAGGGCACGUGGAUUUCUAUCCGAACGGGGGUGUCCCGUUGCAGCCCGGCUGUGCUCAGCAGGAGCUGGCCAAGAACCGUUGGUUGGGCGUCUUCAUCGGGUGUAGUCAUGCCCGAGCUUGGCAAUAUUUUGCCGAAUCACUUACCCGACCGCAAGGGUUCUUGUGCGAGCGAUGUGAAUCGAACGAAACGGCUGGCGGAUCGUCACGAUCAGCCCGAGACACUGGCAACUGCACCAUGACCAAGGACGUUUUCAUGGGCAUGUACACAGACCGUACGCUGCGCGGUAGCUUCUACCUCAGCACGAAUCCACAGCCCCCGUUCGGCAAGAACCUUAUGCCGAAGGAGGCACAGCAACUACAGAAGCGACAGUUGCAGCAGCGAAAAUCCUAAAAUGCC